AUGUUUUACGAUGAGACUGGAGCUGUGACACAAAAAGCCAAGUCACGCGACUCUAAAUCAUCCUCGGGGGCCAGCGCUCCCCGGCAGUCAACACCCCCACCACAAAUGCAAUCACUUGCGGAUCCUCCUUCUGUGCGUGCGAUCAAUCUUUUCACAACUGCUUAUGCUGGUGGUACCUAUCUCGAUUGGCUACCCACUCUGUAUUUGCCUUGUGGGCGACCUGCUUCGCUAGACGUUAGCUUUGAAGCCGUUGCUUUAGGAUACAUGGCAAAUGUGCAGCGUCGAGGAGAUCUGCGGAUCCUAGCCCAAGAAAAAUAUGGGAUUGGGCUGCAGCAUACCAUGAAUGCCCUUCAAGGGCCAAAGUCCGCCACUCCGGAGACCGCGGCUUCGGUUUUAUUAUUGGCGUUAUUUGCUGUCAUUUCGUCGGACUCGUACCAUGACGCACAAAAUGUCUGGUCCAAGCAUAUCAAUGGGAUCUUGGCGAUAUUUGAGUCGGGCACAUCUUCCACAAUGUUUCAAAGUCAUGCUGGCCAGGGACUUCUUCAUCAUAUCAUUUCAGUUGUCCAGAUAGACUGCUUACAGCGCCGUUUGCCUCUGCCUCCUCAACUUCAAUUGUUGUAUUCAGCCUCUUGGAUAAAUGAGAGUGUCCAGGCAGCGAAUUUCUGGGAAGUUCUUGGUCGACUUGCUCUACUGAAUACGCAGUUUGACGAGUCUUCAAUCUCACUACUCUACAUUGGGCAGUUACAAGAAGUGGAGAAGGAUAUACAGUCUUUAUUGGAAUUGAUGCCCCAAUUGUUCCCCGACCAAUUUGCUUUUUCUGACACCACUGUCAGCCAAAAUAUUGAUUUCAGUCGAACUGGGUAUCAGCCUCCGGUCCACAGCUUCAGCAGCUUUCGAGUUGCUCAGACCUGGAACACGUUGCGAAUGACACGGCUGUUUAAUGCCAACCUACUUCAUUCAAGCAUCAUGGCCUAUCUAUCUCAUAGCUUUGCGAUAGCAGAAGAUGUCGAGGAUACACUACUUAGAAUACUCAAUGAGGCAUCUAAUAUUGCAUGGCAAACAGCAGUUGAAAUCUGUGCCAGUGUACCGGAAUUGUUGAGGCCAGAUGCUUGGGUCAAUAACCCAAGCAAUUCAUUCCUAUUUUCCGGGUGGGCAAGCUCUCUCAUAUGGCCACUGAGCCUAGCUCGAGCUUCUCCACAUGGCUCAGAGGAAUUGCAAAAUUAUAUAGACAGACAGACUUACGUCUUGAGAACUAUCACCGGAAUGAAAGCCAUGCGCCAAGAACCUCUUUCGCCUGACAGCGACAAAAACUGGUAA